AUGAACCGCGAAAAGCUUCCACGGUUUGACGAACUUCCUCUGUCGGCAGGAGACCCUCCCUAUUCAGCUUGGGGCUUGUGGAAGGAUUCAUCCCUGGGAUCACUCAAUCAUUUGACUGCGGACAGAGUUCUGCAAGCAGCAAGAAAUCAAAUCAUCACAGGCACACGAGUGUGUCUCAACCUUCCUCUCAAUGCGAUCAACCCUGGCUUGCUUGGACGCCCGAGCUUUGAGCAAAAGCUGAUCAAUAAGGAGCCUCAUGUCAUCAACGAUGAUAGUAUCUCUUUCAACACUCAAUGCAGCUCUCAAUGGGAUAGUUUCCGGCACUUUGCUUACCAAAAAGAAAAGAUGUUCUACAAUGGUAUCACCCAAGAUGUCAUUCAUGGGCUAGAUAAACCUGGUGUGAAUGGAAUCGGAGAAUGGGCGGAACAGGCUAUUGCUGGGAGAGGCGUGUUGAUCGAUUUCUACGACUGGGCUCAGACCAACGCGUACGAGUUCGAUCCUUUGGCAACUUCGCCCGUCACCGUUGAGCAGAUCAAGAGAAUAACGGCAGAGAAGAAUAUCGAGCUCCUGACAGGCGACAUUCUUUUCAUUCGAACCGGUUACGUCUCAGCGUAUCGUCAGCUUUCUGCAGAUCAAAGGAAAGACAUAUCAACCAAAUUUGCUUUCCCAGGGCUGGCACAGUCAGAAGAGACGACUCGUUGGCUGUGGGAUAGGCAAUUCGCCGCGGUAGCCGCGGACUCACCCGCGUUCGAAUGCACGCCACCAACUGAUCCUGAGUAUUUUCUUCACCCAGUCCUCCUUGCGGGCUGGGGAACUCCUAUUGGAGAGCUCUUCGACUUGGAAAGGCUAUCAGAGGCAUGUGUGAAGCUAAAUCGGUGGACAUUCUUCCUCUGCAGCGUUCCAUUGAAUUAUAGCGGCGCUGUGGCAAGCCCACCCAACGCCAUGGCCGUCUUUUGA